GUUAAAAGGAAACCUUUUUCAUUUUCCAAUAAUUCUUAGGGGUAUUUGCACGUUAUGCUAGUUCUAUUGGUUAUGGUGUACGUACUCGGAGACGUAUUUGUAGCUUCCGAAUCUAUUCAGGAUACAUCCGCAAAUAUCCUCGGAGAUAAGCGUAUUAAGCCAAAUCAAGGAGCUCUGAGUUUUUAUGCGUCUGUUAACAAUAACCCGCUACCUGUGAACAAAACAUACUAUGACAAAGACGAGAACCCACUACGCGUACCAAAGAAGUUCUACGAGGAGCGGAAAAAGAAAAGUAAGAUAACAAAGUCACCGAAAAGGACCAUACAGAAGAUUAUAAAAAAUGGCAAGAGCAGAAGCAGGAAGAUCUACGUAAAUCCAAUGACCCGAAAACCAACGCAGUCUUCUGUACAUGUAGAGAUCACAGAAGCCAGUACAUAUAAGAAUAACGAAGCCCGGGUAUCAACGGAGCACAAUCACAAAAGGAAGCCGAGGAAAAAUUCAAAGAUCGUCAGAUACCCAAUGCCGUUUCAUAAGUUUCAAACAAAAAAGGGAAUAACACACAAAAGAAAUAAACGGGAGGUCGUUAGAGAUGAUGUUUUUAUAAUUAAGGAUUUGGACGAAAUGGAAUUUCUCAGCAAAGAUAAAGACUACGAUGUUGUUAAGGCUCAUAUUCAAAAUUAUUGGUAGAUUUAGGGAUCUUUAUUAAAUUGUAUACGAAAGCGUGAAAUGCAUUUCUUUUAUUCAUCGGUUGCCUGUGUCUUCUAUCACGUUUAUUUUGUAAUACAUUUUCCACAUUCAACUUUAAUUCCCUGUUAAGAUUGAUUUUCCCUGUUAUUCUCUUUGGUUAGUGGUAACAUGUUAAAUGUAUAAACGCUUCAUAAGUGCC